AUGCACACAAUUGACGCAUAUAAACUAAAUUUUUUACAGAAGCGUCUGUCCAAACUUUAUUUGAAGCUCCACAAGAACCAGUUCGACGUAGAAUGCUCUCCGGAGAACGAACGGCGGCAGAUCCCGAAAUCUACGAGAAGGAGGCAAAAGCAAAAGCACUUCGCAGAAGAGAUGAUGCCGCAAGGAGUCUAUAAAAAUGGAGAAGAAGACUGCCAGACACCAGUUGGAAUCUGCCAGACUGGAGCUUGA